UAGAAUAUUCUAGCAUAUUAAGUUAACUUUGAUUUUCCUAGUAAAAUUUGGCAUCAAUUUCGAAGCGUUGUUUUCCUUUGAAUUUUGUGACUUAUUUUCUUGUGCAAUUACUUCAAAUGGCAGGUGGUAAAGCAGGCAAAGAUUCUGGGAAAGCUAAGGCGAAGGCUAUAUCCAGGUCUGCAAGAGCUGGUUUACAGUUUCCAGUUGGUAGAAUUCAUCGUCACUUAAAACAUCGUACCACGAGUCAUGGACGUGUAGGUGCAACUGCUGCUGUAUAUAGUGCUGCAAUAUUUGAAUAUCUUACAGCUGAGGUAUUAGAAUUAGCUGGGAAUGCAAGCAAAGAUUUAAAAGUAAAAAGAAUUACUCCGAGACAUCUACAAUUAGCUAUCCGUGGUGAUGAGGAAUUGGAUUCUUUGAUUAAAGCUACUAUUGCGGGUGGUGGGGUUAUUCCGCAUAUUCACAAGUCUUUGAUUGGGAAGAAAGCAAACCAAAAGCCACAAUGAAUUCACAAAUUUUUUCAAUCAUUUUUCAUACUGCUUGUAACAGUAAUUUUGUUUCAUAUUUAAUAUUAAUAUUUCAUUCAUGUUUUUUAAAAAUUUAUAACUAGUAUGUUUUUAAGAUAUCACAAAAAUAUAUCUGGAUAUGUGUUGAUGCAUAUAUAGGUUGUUUAAAUGUUAUUUGUUUUGUAUUGAAAAUUACAUUCUAAACUAUAACUAUAAACGAUAACUAUAUGAAAAUAAAAAUUGAUGUUCUUUGAAAGAUCCAGUAUACUACCAUGAAAAUGUCUCAGUUUUCAUAUAUGCUUAGCUUAGAAUUUCUCGCAUUUGUAAAUGUUUGGUUAGAUCAGAUAAAAUUCUUUUGUUGUGUAUUAUUAAUCUUAUCAAUAAGUUGUA